UUCCACGUUCGGAUUACUCGAGUUAUACAACAGAUUCAGGAUCGCCAAUGCCAGCCGGACUGGAAACAAGCCGCACCCUCGCUGACUGUUCAAAGACCUCUGGUUUUCAAAGACCAUUCGAGGGACCCUGUGUGACUUCUGGGAGGAAAAAAAGACUGCUUACGUCUUCAUAUUGAAUGGCCACACACACUUCAUGUCCAGUAACGAAUGAGCUUGCUGAAGCAAUAGUUGAGGUGUCAUUGACAAGGUUCCUUUUUCGAGCACACAGUGAACUAAUGCCAUCGUAUAGAGCCUGAAAUUGUUAUCAAGAAUGGUCGCCCAUGGUUUUGAAAUCGACAAUAGCCCCUCCACCUGAAAGUGAUCUGUUCGAAGCGAUGUCCAAUUCACAAUUUUCAAACCGAUACUACGCAGACCAAAUCCUCUGUCAUCCACUUCAAAUCUUGCCGAGCGGGAUGUUUCAAUCAGCUAAAUCUCAGGGUAACUCCGGUUUCCACCACUCCUCCAAUCUCAUGAUGGGCAGUUCUCAAAAAGUGGACUCGGUUUACGUUCCCGAAUCCAUUUCUCCUUGGAGUGAGAUCAUCACGAAAUAUCUCAACGGUACUGCACCCUCUCAAAGAAAGCAUUACAAAUCCAGAAGCAGCUACCAUAACCAUCACCACCAUCAUCACCACCAUCAUCAACAGCAACACCAUCUCCACCAUCUUCAUCAGCAGCAGCAGCAACAGCAGCAACAGCAGCAACAAAAUCAACAACAACAACAACAACAACAACAUUAUGACCAAUUGCAACAAAUGCAUCAGGUCAAACGAAGCGGACCUAACCGCAACAUGGGACAAACUAGUUGGGACAAGUUGGAAGGAAUCAAUGCAUAUCCGGUGCAACGAAACGUUCCCAUGAAACCGGCUUCUUCUUCGGGAUUAACGUGCUUUUCUCCGCCCCCUCCUCCACCCCUCUCCAAGUAUUCAGCUAUGACACCCAAAUUCACCAACAACAACCUGUACCAAGGCACCUCAUCAAAUUCCUACACUCCUUGUCAACCCGCACAGACUCCAUCUUUCGUGUCCAAGACAUCCUCAAUGCCCUCCUCGAUUGAUCAGAGGUCCAUGAUUGCUCCCAGCCAAUUAACCGUGUCUUCAUCCACGCCCACCUCACCGUCCCCUUCGGCAUCUAGCACAGCAGCUACAGCAGCUUCGACUGCCCUCAAUGUGCCCACUAAAGAUGAGGAGGAUUUCGACUCGAUCUCGGAGAUGACCAAUGCCAACCGGUUCACCAUCGAGUACGAGUCGAUCCAAGAGGCCGAAGACAAUUACAAGGAAUUGGUUGAACGAGAGUGGAAGCAAAGCAGGGGCCCUCAAAGUGGACCAAGUGAUUCCAUGAUGAAUGGAAUGAUUCGAGAACUGUUGAAUUCCACUCAUGAAGACGACGGAUCCAUUUGCGAAUCAUUGUCGGUGGCUACCCAUUUUUCGAAUGAUGAAGAAAUAUCUGAUCUGAAGACUGUCAAUGCUUUGUGCCAACGCUAAAAUGACCACGUCAUUGCUCUGCGUUCGCGCUUUCUUGCAAUUGUUUUUCUUCAAGAACGAACGAUUCCUUUUUAUACGUACAUGCUUAAGAGGUUGGAAUCUCAUGAUCCAUUACUUGACCCAGAGUCAAGGGAUUAUUGAUAAACAAAUAUUGUUAUACGAUUGCAUCAAGAGGAAAAUAUAUAGUAUAUAUAUUUGAAAUGAGA